AUGUCUACCAUUUCUCUAGUCAAGCGGACCUCGUCGUCACUCACCAAGUCGUCUUCACUCACCAAGUCGUCGUCACUCACCAAGCAGAGCUCACGUGAAUCAAAGCCCGAGGAGGAAGAGGAAGGCCGUCCAUCUUCUCAACGAGAGUGCGACCAAGUCUACCAAGGCAUUAAGCGAUGGAAGGCUCACGAAGGAGCCGUUCUCCUUCCGGUCGUCAGAAAGGAUACAAUUCCACUUCUGCAGGACAGGGCCAAGCCGCGAUGGUGGAAGGGAAGAAAGGCCAAGGCUGCCAUGUGCUUCACAACACCUGAAGCCCUGCAGCGGGAAAUCGACAGCAGCGCAAGCGACGGGCAGGUCCAUGAGCUGUUCCUCCUGAUCAGCCGCUAUGUCGACCUGCAGCAGUCCACUUUCACAGUGCCGGACAACAUCGAGAAUCUCUACGUCAUCCGAUGCGCAAAGGUAACAAAGACCCCUGGGACCGUCGAAGGCAACGAAAAGCUGGUCCUGAACGGCGGUUCGACCUUCUGUGGCGUCAGGCUGGACGAGUGGCAGGCCAAGCACGUCGGCGAGCACAACCUCAUCCUCGGGCACGAUGUCGUCAUCCAGGUCAGGAUGGGCAUCCCGUGGACGGCGCGCGACGCGAUAGGCAUCAUCCCCAAGCAGCAGCGUGAUGAGGUCGCCAAGCAUUUCAGGGAGAUGUGCGACGCAAAGUUAGAGGGCACGCCCGAAUGGAACAAGUGGCGCGGCCCCGUCAACAAGCUGCUUGACGUCGCGGCCGGCACCAGCACUCUCUCGCAGGUCGUGGAGUGCUAUGCGGGCGGCAUCGCCGUCCAGGUCGCUACAAAGCUGACCGAACAUGGCAUCGAUGGCGCCAUCAAGGUCAGCGCCGGCUUGCUGUGUCUCUCUGGGCCCGGCCAGAUUGCCAUUGCCGGGGUUGGUUGUGCGGCGGCCAUCUACUUUAUCCCGUGGGACACUGUCUGGGGCUGGUUCCGCUCUGCAUUUGGUGCAUUGAUGGCGAUGAUCAUGAGAGCGUGGGAGAACCUGAAGAGCUGGAUGAAGACGGCCGUGAUUGAGAUCGGCCAGCAGACGGUCAAGAACGUUUUCGAGAUGCGAGUUCAGCCGAUGUUGACGGGCUAG